AUGUCUGAAUUGAAGAACAUACUAAUGGAAGGUAUUAUUAAUAAUAUACCAGAAAUAAUGUCUGAGGACGAGGAAGAUACAGAGUUAGUAUUAAGACGGCAGCCUGCUGUCAGGAGGAAAGGAUACAUCUGGUCUUCCAAGAGGGUAUCUAUACGUCUGCUGUCAUAUGGUAUACAGGUAGAAAAGUCACUUUUCGUACCUGUGUUCUGUGGAGACUUUUUGUGUUGGGCAUUGUUUCGUCAGUAUAUAGCUGGAUUUAAAAUGUUAUGUGGACUGCGUUUUUGUGGAAUAGGUAGAGUGACUGUUGCUGAUAGGUAUACGGUUGAUACCUGUUGUCCUGUGCAAAUAUCAUUCUUUGUAUAUGGUGUUCAGUUAAUAUUCUGCUGUUCAGGUCAGAAAUGUGGUUGGGGUAUGGAUUACUUUUGCAUUCAAAAGACUGUAAAGAGAUCAUGUAGUGAAGAUCGUGAUUCUAAUCUUAGAGAAUAUAUUGACAGUCCUAUUCCUCCUCCUAGAAGAAGAGGUACCAGGAGAAAUGUAUCAAAAUUACAGAUACCAGGAGAUAAUGUAUCAAAAUUACAGGUACCAGGAGAUAAUAUAUCAAAGUUACAGGUACCAGGAGAUAAUGUAUCAAAGUUACAGGUACCAGGAGAUAAUGUAUCAAAGUUACAGGUAUCAGGAGUUAAUGAGCUAAAUUUACAAGCACCAGGAAUCUAA